AGCGCCCCGUUUUUUUUCUGAAGUCUCCGCCCCGGAGUGGAUUAUCCGGGGUCCCACAGUUUCCUGGGGUGGGCCCGCGCGCGACUCUGCCACCCGUUCCGAGAGCGUAUAAAAAACCCAGACUCCCCCCUCCCUCCGACCUCUUGAUCCCCAUCCCAGCUUACUUCCUCAAAGCAAGACAAGAUGACUGCCGAAAACAAGCCCCUCGACAUCACCGUUCUCGGUCUCAACUCCGGUACCUCCAUGGACGGUGUUGACUGUGCUCUCUGCCGUUUCCGUCAGGACUCCCCCACCUCCCCCCUCAAGUUCGAGCUCGUCAAGUACGGAGAGGUUCCCCUUCCUCAGUGGAUCAAGAAGCCCAUCAUGCGCAUGAUCCUCGAGAACAAGACCACCCCCGAGGAGCUCUCCCAGAUCAACGUCCAGCUCGGUAACGUCUUCGCCGACGCCGUUGAGCAGUUCAUGAAGGAGUCCGACCUCCCCGUCGACAUGAUCGAUGUUGUUGCCUCCCACGGUCAGACCAUCUGGCUCUUGUCCAUGCCCGAGGAGGGUCAGACCAAGUCCGCUUUGACCAUGGCUGAGGGUUCCAUCCUCAUGAACCGCCUCAAGCGUACCGCCGUCACCGACUUCCGUAUCUCUGAGCAGGCUAUCGGCCGUCAGGGUGCCCCCAUGAUCGCCUUCUUCGACGCCCUCCUCCUCCACCACCCCACCAAGCUCAGGGCUUGCCAGAACAUCGGUGGUAUCGCCAACGUCUGCUUCAUCCUCCCCGACUCCCACGGUGGUGUCGAGCAGACCUACGACUUCGACACUGGACCGGGUAACGUCUUCAUUGACGCCGCUGUCCGUUACUUCACCAACGGUGAGCGCGAGUACGACCGCGACGGUGAGAUGGGUGCCCGCGGUAAGGUCGACCAGGAGAUCGUCGACGAGUUCUUGCAGAUGAAGUACUUCAAGUUCGACCCCCCCAAGACCACCGGUCGUGAGGUCUUCCGCGACUCCAUCGCCCACGAGUUGAUCGACAAGUGUUUGGCCAAGGGUAUGUCCGCCGAUGACACCGUUGCUACCAUCACCCGUAUCACUGCUGCCGCCAUCGUUGACCACUACAAGCGUUACGCUCCCGAGGGUCUCGAGAUCGACACCAUCUACAUGUGUGGUGGUGGUGCUUACAACCCCAACAUCACCAAGUUCCUCCAGGAGAACUACCCCAACACCCGCAUUUGCAUGCUCGACGAGGCCAAGGUCCCCGGUGGUGCCAAGGAGUCCGUCACCUUCGCUUUCCAGGGUAUGGAGGCCGUCCUCGGACGUCCUCUCCUCGUCCCCCAGCGCGUCGAGAACCGCAUCCCGACCAUCGUUGGUAAGAUCGCUCCCGGUCCUAACUUCCGUGAGAUCAUGACCAAGACCAUCGACUUCGGUCGUGGCUUCGAGGAGGAGAACGGUUACCUCCCCGCUGUCAAGGAGAUGGUUGUCGUUGACUCUGAGGGUAAGGUCAUUGGUGAGAACCAGCUCAAGAACUAAGUGUUCCAUUGCGC